AUGGGAUCCAUCUGGAAGAAGCUGAGGCAGGUGACUGAGGACAAAAUGUUUUUCCACCGCACUCACACCAAAUGUCUGCCGAAUGGAGGUGUCAUCAACUUCUCUGAGACAGCCGAGGCUUCCCACACACUUAGUCAGAAAGACACGGAGCGUCCGGAUCACAGCUGCCUGAACAUCAGCGGGAGAGUUCCCACAGCCUCGUCUGCCCAGAUCCGAUGCAGGAGGCUUAGACUCACUUUACAAGAUCAGGAUCAGUCAACCGGCAACUCGGAGCGUCACAGCAACAAGGAGAACGUCGUCGCAGAAGGGCCUCCACAGAAAGCAGAGGAGAAGGAAGAAACACUCAUCACUCCAACAGAAGAGAAAGUUGAAGUCAUUACGGUUUACCUGGAAGCCCGUCCAGAGGCAGCAGAGAGCGUCAAGAUGCUGACGGACGAAGUGUCGCAGAUUCAGGAGGUGAGGUACUGUCUGAAGACUCUGAGAGAGCAGAUGGCAGCCAGACAAAACACAAACAACAACAAGUAUCCAGCCAAUGGCUUCAGAGUCCAUGUGCCCGGCAGCCAGCCAGCUGUCACCAAUGGCAACACUGUUCUCCCUAAGUCGGAAGCUCAGGUCGGGGAUAAUCAGGAGGAGAGUGUGCGGCUCAGGGAGGCGACCCGGCGUCUGUACUCGCAGCUGAAGGAGAUGGAGAAGAGGCAUCAGGAGGAGAAGGAGAGAAUGCAGGCAGAGGCAGAGGAGUGUGGCGUCCGUGUGGCGGAGCAGUCUGCACGUCUGCAGAAGGUGGAGGAGCAGUCGGAGGAGAGGGGUCAGCAGGUGGAGGAGCUGCAGAGGCUGCUGGGAAACAUGGAGAUCGAGAGCGGCGUCCUCAGAGACAAGAUGGCUGCAGGGGAGGCAGAGCUGCUGCAGCUCAGAGCAGACGGGGAGGAAAGUGAGGAGAGUGAGGAGAGGUGUGAACAGCUGGAGACGGAGGUGGCCGUCCUGAAGGAGAAGAUUCAUCACCUUGACGACAUGUUAAAGAGCCAGCAGAGGAAAGUUCGCCAUAUGAUCGAACAGCUGCAAAACUCCCGGACGGUAAUCCAAGAGAGAGAUCGCUUCAUCGGGGAUCUGGAGGAGAAGGUGGCUUUCCUGGAAGCUGAGAACAGACAAAUGCAUGACCACAUGGAGUACUUCCUGGCAGGCCAGGAGCCUCUGACGCCCACUGAGAACAAACCAGAGGUUGUUUACAGUAAAACACUUACACCGACGUCACCGACCAACAAGACCCUCCCGUUCAUCAAAGUCAUCGAGAUCAUGUCCUGAGUGGGGUGUCAACCAAAAGAAUGAUUACAGUGUAAAUGUAUAUUUAACCACACCUUUUAUGAAACAAAGAUCUGGAGUCUUUCAAAAAGGCUUGCUUAACAGACCUCAUGGUGACGAAGCACAUUGGUCCUUUUUAGAACCUCAGUUACUUUUGAGGCUGUUCUGCGUACCUUCACUGAGUCUCUAAG